UCCAACAUCAAACAAAAGAAACCUUGCAUCGCCUCAGCUAAAUAAACAUAAACUGCAUAUUUGGCUUUUAGCCAUGGCUAGAGGUGAUCAAAAUAUGCUUAUCAAGGUAGGUUUGAUGUCAGUAAGUGUAGCAAUAUUCAUGUCAUCAUUUGCAGCUGCUGAAGAAUACAGAGCGUGUCAUGAUGCUGCGGCGGGCCCUACUGGCGAGUUGAACUAUUUCGACAUUCCUGAUGCCUCCCCUCCAAGUUCUUUAGAAGUAUACGUGUUCCCUCCGAAUCUAUCACCGGAAUCUUAUCAGAAGUUGGAGGAAUGUGCAAAUAAGAUUAAAGCAGAUUAUGCUGAUGAGAUCCUUGCCAGUAUUUUGAAAAGUGAGCCUCUCACUGUGGAUAGUUGCCAAGGCCUUGUGUAUUUGGGAUAUGAUUGUCACAUCCGUUUAGUGAAAACUCUGCUCUCACGUCCGGAUUUAAAAGAAAAGGCUUCUGAGGCACUGCCUAAGAGUUUGCAGAUUUGGGAUGCAUGUGCCUACCUUGUUGCUGAUGAUCAGUCUGUUGCUCCUUCUCCUUUCUACUGAUCAUAGU